AUGGAGUCUCAAGCGUCCACGGGAGACUCUUCCGAGCCGUUGAGAAUUCUCUCACUUGAUGGCGGUGGGAUUCGCGGGAUUUCAAGCCUCCUUAUCUUGGAGGAAAUUAUGCAAACGAUUCGCAAAGUUCGUCAACUGGACCAGGUCCCGCGACCGUGCGACUAUUUCGACCUGAUCGGGGGUACAAGCACUGGAGGGAUCAUUGCUAUCAUGCUUGGCCGGCUAGGAAUGACCGUGGAUGAAUGCAUACGAGCGUACCGGAAGGUUGCGCAGCAGGCGUUUACUCCUAAGCGAUCCGCCUCUUUUCUCCCUGCGCCACCGAAAGGAGCUUUCUCCGCUCAAGCGCUCGAAAGUGCCAUCAAACAAACAGUUCGAGAGUUCUGCCCGGAGACGGAAUGUGUGAGCCGUCGGCGCGAAGACCGUCCGACAACUGAUUCGUGUCCGCACACUGACUUGGCCUUCCGCGAUCAAAAAUGCACAAAGACGGUCGUUUUUGCAAUAACUAAGGCUAAUAUCGACGCAAGCCCCACGCUCUUCGAGACGUACGACACGUCGGCUGCUUUUGACGGAUGCACUAUAUGGCAGGUGGCGCGUGCCACUUCGGCUGCGACUACGUUCUUCAAGUCCAUUCAAGUUGGCCGAGAUGGGAUCGAGUUCAUUGAUGCUGGUUUCGGGUAUAAUAAUCCAUGCGAAGAACUCAUCAAGGCAGCUGAACAAACCUUUCCCGAACGCCGGAAUCGACUAGUUCUAAGCAUUGGGACCGGUCUUGGAAAUGUGGUCGAUAUCAAGGAUACGCGGCUGUCGAUUAUCAAGGCCUUAAAGUCGAUGGCUACAUCGUCUCAGAAAGUCGCCGCCAACUUGGACCAUCGAUACGGGGACAGCGACCAGUACUUCCGAUUCAACGUGGAUCGGGGCCUCGAGGAUAUCACUUUGUCAGACUGGGAGCAGGCAAGCAAAAUCGCCGCUCAUACGACAAUCUAUCUUGCUGCGCAGUCCAGAACGAUUGAGAAGUUUGUUCAUGUUUUCACGCGGCGCGCAGUGGCGGCAGAUAGGCAUGGAGUUGAGCCGACCCCCUCUGACGGCCAUCAAGCGCAAGGGGGAGAUGGAAACAACCUAUAUGGCCACAACCAAUUCAAGCCUGUCCAUGUUCUUCCCACUAUUGCAAACCGCCACUUUAGUGGACGUGACAAUACGCUAGCUUUGCUCCAGCAGAAGCUUUUCAUCCAGAAGGAAAGCCCAAAGAUGGCCCUGUACGGACUAGGGGGUGUCGGCAAAACACAAGUCGCUCUACAGCUUGCGUAUUGGGUUAAAAAACAUCUGCCAGAGUAUUCUAUCUUUUGGGUGCCAGUCUUGAGCGAGGCGAGCUUCGAGCAGGCCUACACAGAAAUUGGGAGAAAGCUUACAAUUCCCAAAAUCUCGGACGAUGAAACUGUCGUAGAAACGGUGCGCCGGUAUCUUUCUUCAGUGGCAGCCGGAAUGUGGCUUCUUGUUGUGGACAACGCAGACGACAUGGAUAUGCUUUUCGGUAAUGCCGAUGUUCCCGGUGGGCUCUACAGGUACUUUCCUACUAGCGACAACGGCGUGACUUUCCUCACUACUCGUUCCCGCGAGGUGGCGGUGGAAUUUGCAGAGAUGCACAUAAUUGAACUCCAGAAAAUGAACCCGAAAGAAGCAACUGGCCUUUUCAAGAAGGUCGUGAAAGGAGACUUGCUCCGCGAUCAGGUGGCAACGACGCAAUUGCUUGAAGAGCUCAAUUGGCUGCCUCUAGCCAUCACGCAGGCGGCUGCAUAUAUGAAUAAGACCGAUAUCUCAACUUCGAGGUACCUUGAGCUAAUGCACGGCACUGAAAAGGAUAGAAUGAAUCUCAAUUCAUGUCUUUCAUUGAACCAAAAAGCAAUCCCCCGAUCUAUUCUUCCUGUCCUCGACUCAGAGGAGGAAACGGAGUUCGCAAUUGGCAUGCUCUGUGGCUACGCAUUUGUGACCAAGAGAGAAAAUGGCAACAUGCUUGACAUGCACGAUCUGGUGCAGCUAUCGACGCGACUGUGGUUGCAGAAGGAGGGAAAUAAGCUACAGGCUAUCCAAAGCUCCACAAGGCAUAUGGAGAUGGUAUUUCCAUCCAAUGAUUAUACGAACCGUGAGCUCUGGAGGGCAUACUUGCCACAUGCUCUUAGAAUUCUUCGACAUGAUGAGACAAAAGACAUGGAUGAGAGAUACGAACUAUUUGGUUGGAUUUCACGGUGUCUGUUGGCAGAUGGCCGGGCGAGAGAAGCCGUUGGCUAUUCUGAAGAAUAUUCAAGAUGGGAGGAGAGUCACCAUGAUAAUGAAGAACACGCCGAUCGACUAUUCUCUCAGCAUCAGCUCGCAAGCGCAUAUCUUAAAGCCGGACAAAUCAAACAGGCAAUAGUACUGCUUAAGCAUGUGGUCGCAGUGGAAGAGAAAAUACUCGACGAAAAACACCUUGAUCGACUCGCAUCUCAACAUGCACUUGCACUUGCAUAUCAUAACGACGGACAAAUCAAGCAGGCAAUAGUACUGCUGAAACAUGUGGUCGUAGUGCAAGAGAAAACACUUGACGAAAAGCACCGUGGUCGACUAGCGUCUGAGCAUGAGCUAGCAAGCGCAUAUCUCGAUGACGGACAGAUUGAACAGGCAGUAGAGCUGCUUAAGCAUGCGGUCGCAGUGAAAGAGAAAAUACUUGACGAAGAGCACCCCGAUCGACUAGUAUCUCAGCAUAAGCUCGCCAGCGCAUAUCUCAAAGAUGGACAAAUUAAACAGGCAGUAGGGCUGCUUGAGCAUGUGGUCGCAGUGAAAGAGAUAACACUUGACAAAGAGCACCCUGAACGACUAGCAUCUGAACAUGAGCUAGCAAGCGCAUAUCUCGAUGACGGACAGAUUAAGCAGGCAGUAGAGCUACUUAAGCAUGUGGUCGCAGUGGAAGAGAAAAUACUCGACGAAGAGGACCCCGAUCGACUCGCAUCUCAGCAUCUACUCGCAAAAGCGGUCAAGGCAUGA